AGGUGCAAUGGAUACAGGCGCGACUCAACCUGUGGAAGCCGCGAUGAACAGCUGAUCCUCCCGCAGUGGAUAAAACCAAUCACAAUGGUGACGGCCAAGUCCUGAUUCCCGAUCAUACGCGUGGCACUAUGUGAAUAGUUAUUGGAGGAGUAGACACAGGAGAAUUAUUAACCGGAAAUUAGGGUUAAGGAGUCUUUUUGGGGCGUACUAAUAUAUAUUUUUUUCGGUUUGGACCUGUCGAUCAUCAGUAUUACAGACGGACACGCUGUGCGCUCAGACUACCUGCCGCUCUUCGCUCUGCGCUCACCGACGCUCAAUUAUGUUAUUAUCAAGUUUCCUCAUUUUUACCGUCUCCUACUUUAUGGCGCCUCUGUUCCUCUGUUACCUGCCUCAAGUGUCGGCACAGAAGCCUGGGUCACGGUGGCUGAUUGGAGACAGAGACAGGGACUGUGGGAUCACCUGCUCACGGACGGGGAAGCCGGUGUGUGGUUCAGACGGGCGGAGCUAUGACAGCAACUGUGAAUUGCAGAAGGCGCGCUGCAAAGAUAAGACACUCACAUUAGCACACAGAGGCCGGUGUCGAGGUAAAAACUGGGUGUUGCCAGUGGCUCUAGCACCAACUGCUAUAUCUGAAGGGAGAGACGUGGAGCUCAAAGAUGCAGGACAGUCCAAGUGUCGUGUUGAGAGGAACCAGGCUCUGGAGCAAGCCAGAAGACCUCAGUCUUCAGAGUCCAUGUUCAUCCCAGAAUGCAAUGAAGAUGGAACAUUUGCCCAGGUCCAGUGCCAUACUCUGACCGGUUACUGCUGGUGUGUUACCAGUGAUGGCAAGCCAGUGAGUGGCUCCUCUGUGCACAACAGGACCCCAGUGUGUUCAGGAAACUUCCGUGAAUUUAUGGGAACUCAUGCUGGGACAAGUGGAUUGUCAGGGUCAGUAACUGAUAAGCCACCAGGGCCACCAAACACAGAUAGAAAAGUAGUCUCUUUCCGUUUCUUUCUCACCCUUAACCCAGAUGAUGGCUCCAAGCCCACACCCACCAUGGAGACUCAUGUCCCCCCUGAGGGUGAUGAGAUAACUGCUCCAACACUAUGGAUAAAACAGCUGGUUUACAAGGAGAACAAAAAGAACAGCUCCUCUUCCAGGAAACCAGAGAAAGUUCCCUCUUGUGACCAGGAGAGACAGAGUGCUCUGGAAGAGGCUCUGCAGAAUCCUCGUGAGGCCAUUUUCAUCCCCGACUGUGGGCCUGGAGGCCUUUACAAGGCCGUCCAGUGCCACCAGUCCACAGGCUACUGUUGGUGUGUUCUGGUGGACACGGGACGCCCCAUUCCUGGAACCUCUACCAGGUACCAGACGCCUGAGUGCGAUGGAGCUGCACGAUCUCGAGUCUCGGAUACAGAAGAAGCAUUCCAAGGCAGAGAACUGCAAGGCUGCCCUGAGGGCAAGAAAGUGGAAUUCAUUACAAGCUUGUUAGAUGCCCUCACCACAGACAUGGUGCAAGCCAUAAACUCACCAGCCCCCUCUGGUGGUGGGAGGUUUGUGGAGCCUGACCCCAGUCACACUUUAGAAGAGAGGGUGGUGCACUGGUACUUUGCCCAGUUGGAUAACAAUGGUAGUCAAGACAUCAACAAGAAGGAACUAAAGCCUUUCAAGAAGUACUUGAAGAAGAAAGCCAAACCCAAGAAAUGUGCCCGAAAGUUCACCGACUACUGUGAUCUGAAUAAGGACAAAGCCAUUUCCCUGCAGGAGCUGAAAGGCUGCCUGGGCGUCAGCAAGGAGGGUAGCUCAACAACAAGUGGCAACCAAGGGACAAGGCAAGGGACAAAUUUGUUCAUAGGACGUCUGGUGUGAGAAGAGAAGGAUCAAGAAGCUGAGAUGAGAGCAGAGGGCACAGAGGGAAGGCAUCUGCACGCUUGCUGACAGGACAGAGACAGAUGGAGCAGAAAAAUUAAGAAGUUCCUGAGUUUUGUAAAUGAACAGAAAAAAAUGGAAAAGAAAAACAAAGUGGCACCAAAAUAUUUGCACUUUCUUCUCCCUAUGUUUGACAUUUUAUUUGUUUUUAUGUUUUUUUCCUGUCUUGAAGUGACUGAAAAAUAUCUAGGUAAGAAUGAGAAUAUAUUUGCAAAGAUGACAGGCUCACCACUGGAAGAGCAAGUAUGUGUAUAUUACCACAAUUCUCUGUGUGUUAAGUCUGAUGUUUUGAUUCCUUCUGUGUGUCCUCACGAGGUACUAAUACACAUUUUUUUGCCAUGUGAAUUAAAAUUACAGGCCCUUUGUUACAAAAAGCAGCACACAGGUCAGUGGAAACCUAUAAAAGAGGAUCUUGCCGUGAGUCACAUACAAAAAAAAGAAUGGUGCUUAUUUAAAACGCACUCUACAAGUCAGUCUAGAACAACUAAAAGAAAUGUGUAAUGUUCUAUGUGAAGAAGCAACAAUUAUGUGAGUGGCAUGUAUCGGAAUUAAACUGUGAGUUGAGUCUAUGGAUCAUCAGCACAGAAUUAGCUGCGUGAAUCCUGCACAAAACCUUCUCGAUACAUUAACAUUUUGGAUAUCUGGUUUUUGUCAAGUGUCAUGCACGCACCGGUGUCGGACAGUGGUAGCUAAGUGGAUGUCACUUUUUUUUACUCAAUUACUUUUUCUACAACCCCAAAACAUUGCAAAAACACUCUUCUUCACUAUUCAUAAUUUAUUUUCACAUUCUGUAGUAUCAAAAAAAGAGAAUUUACAACAACAAAUCCCAAAAAGUUGGGAUGCUGUGUAAAAUGUAAAUACAAACAGCAUGCAAAGAUUUGCAAAUCUCAUAAUCCCAUAUUUUAUUUACAAAUGAAAAUGUACCAUUUUCUGGGAAAAAGCUCAUUUGAAAUUUAUUGGUAGCAACGUAUCUCACAUUAAUUGAGACAAAGCCAUAUUUACCACUGUGUAGAAUCCUCUGUUCCAAUCCAGUUGUCUGACUUUUGGGAGAUGAAUCCUGUUCCAUUAACUAAAUGUUUUCAGUUAGUGGAAGGUCUGGACUGCAGGCAGGCCAGUUCAGCACCCAGACUCUUAUACUAUGAAGCCAUGCUGUUAUAAAAGAUUCAUCAUGCAGUUAAGCAUCGUUUUGCCAAAAUGUGCACGAUUUUCCCUGAACAAGAUAUCAUCUACCUUUGAACACUAAUGAUGCCUUUCCAGAGGUGCAAGCUGCCAGUUCCAUGGGUACUAAUGCACCCCUAUACCAUCAGAGAUGCAGGCUUUUGAACUGAGCACUAUGGAUGCUCUCUUCCCUCUUUAGUUAGGAGAAUGUUAAGCGCUUGCUCUCCAAACAGAAUUUGAAAUUUGGACUCAUCUGACCAUAGAACAGCUUUCCACUUUGCCUUAGUCCAAUUUAAAUAACCUUUGGCCCAGAGAAGAUUAUGGUGUUUCUGCAUCAUGUUCACAUAUAACUACUUCUUUGCAUGAUAGAGCUUUAACAUGCAUUUAAGAAAAUAAUGCCUGUUUUUAAUGCAGUGCCAGUUGAGGUCCCAGCUAUCACGGACAUACAAUAGUGAUUUUCAGUCUUAUUCUUUGCGCACAGAGAUUUCUCCAGAUUUUGUGAAACUUGUGAUAUUAUCACAAGAUCAUAUUAUCUACUGUAGAUGAUAUGACAUUUAAACUCUUUACACUCAAACGCUUUUAAAAGGAACAUUAUUCUAAUAUUGUUCCACAAUUUGGAGAUGCACAUUUUUGCAGGUUGGUGGAUCUCUGUCUAUCUUUACUUCUGAGAAACUCCAAGAAUACCUGAUUAGUUGGGAAAUUUUCCACAAUCCGGCUUUUUGGUACCACUUACUUUUGAAAGAAUAUUUUCAUGAGAUGUCUCAGUUUAAACAUGUGAUAUGUUUUCAGUGUUCUAUUUUAAAUAAAAUAUGGGUUUAUGAUAUUUGCAAAUCAGUGGAAUCAUUUUUUUUAAUUUACAUUUUACACAGUGUUCUGAAUUUUUUUUGGAAAUGGGUUUGUAAAAAACAAAUAUAAUAAUAGAACAAAUAGUAAAAGAUUCUGACAAAUUAAACAUGCAAAACAGCUGCUAGUAAAAGAUUUCACACAGGAUGUUCAUGGAACUUUACACUGUUGCACCCAGUGGAAGACAUUUCAACAUGUUUACACAAAGGUUGGAAUACGAACAAACAGUAUUAAAUAUGAAGUAAUGAAAUAAUUCAGGAAUGCAACCACACACAUGCAACCACACAGAGACAAACAACUCUAAAAUACAGCCGUAUAAAGUUGUGGGUUGCAUUUUAGCAUAAAUGUCCACACAGGUGUUUUUAGAGCUGGGUUAUUGAGAAGCUUUGUUAGAUGGGCGAGCUACUAGACCUUGUAAUGACAGAUAAUUUGAUAGAUGCUCUUCUGAAACCAAGUAGAAUUGUACAAAUGAUUUCAUACCAAAACAAACACACUGUUUGCAAAAAGAGCCGCAAAAUAUUUUCCCGAAAAAAAAACAAAGUUUGAGCUCUGAAACAAAAUCUGUCUUCAUUUGUUACCGAUUUGGUUAAAUUUUCCCAAGCCUCCAGAGUUGCUAUUGCACCAGGCACCUCUGAUUUGUAUAAAGUAACAUAGAUCUCAAGUUUAUACUAAUGAGGAGCUGGCAAAUUGUUGUUUAAGUUCCAAGUCUGACACUAUGUGAUCAGAAUCCAUUGCAUUGGUGCUUACAUAAACAAAUGGGACGCAUUCACUAAUGCAUCUUCAAUUUAAAUGUGUCCUUACCACAGUGGAGGCCACUCAUUUAUAAUACAUGCAUCCCAUUCUUUUGUGUAUAAGUUUAUAUAGUGUUAAAAGUAAUUGUGCAGUAAUGUUAGUAUCCGUUCUUUACAAAAUCAAUCAUGUAAUGAUCUUUCUUUAAUUCUGCCUUCUAGUGUUUACUGAUCCAAACUGAACAAAUCUUUGACUCUCUUGUGGAGAUUUUAGUUUUCUAAAUAGAUUACAUUCCAAUAAAGAUGUUUUAAAUAUUAUUAGUAUCAGAGAAAAACGACUCCACAGUUGACUAAUCUAACCAGUAAAUAGAGUAAGAAGUUCACAUGGCUCAAUAUCUUGUUAAUCUCAGCCCAUUUCAUCGAUCAUAUUCACGUUUACCUCGCAAGAUAUGGCGUGGCAGUUCAUACAGUAAAUACUGGAGCCUUCCCAGUAAUGUCAGACUAUGUAUUGUGUAUGUAAACACAAUUACUGUCUGACCUCAAACAGCUGAUGUCAGUCUUGUUGUCUCAAACACUUAAAACUACUCAUAGUGGAGCUUUUCCACUUUAUGUAAGACACUGAAGUAAGUCUUUUGAAAAAUAUUGCCCCGGGUGUCUGAUAAAUGCUAACAUUUUAUGAGCAGUGAAGGGGAAAAAAAAUCCUUUUAGUUUUGCAGUGUAAAAAAUAAAAAUGUGAUCCUCACAUUUGGGAACAAUCGGAGAAUCGUGCCUUUGCUGUUGUGGUUUAAAUACUUUGUAUGAGUUGUAUUCCCCAAUAGUCCCUGCAAUGGCUCACAAUUAUGAGACACAAAAAAAGCUCCUUUUGUAAAUAUGUACAAUAAGCUUUGUUUUACUAAAUGUCACUGUGGGGGUGUAUGAUUGUUCACUUACUUCACUGUCAUUCUGGCUUCUUGUAAAAAAAAGAUAUACUUUUCUCUCUGUUUAUAUCAUGUCAAACAUUAGGCUGUUACAGUAGCUAAUUCACAACAUGGAAAUGCUUAGGCGAGACUGCACGUUGUCAGCUCUGAGGACUGUUUAUUUUAACUAUGGUGAGGUUAGUUUACUAUUUCAGUUUGUGUUUUAAGAUUCCCGUCGUCAUCACUACGCACAGUCAGGACCAUACUUAUGCAGUAUCUGGUGCUUAAUAUACUACAAUCACAAGUCCAGUUGCAUCUAAUUUGAACUGGAUAGUUAUGCCAAGAAACCAGAAAAGAAACCAGCCUUUCUUUGAGGGCUGUGCAGUCUCUCCUGAGUGCCUGUUUCAAUCCAGGUUUGAACACAGUGAGCUUAUGUGUGUCUGCUGAAGUGCUUCCAGACGCUGCAGAGCUGCAAAUCACAUGCAAGAGCUAAAACAACCCAAAAGGCUAGUAAUCACUACAAAUCAUGAUGGGAAAAAUGUAGUGAAGGAGUCUUGUAGCAUGUCAGUUUGGUAGAGAAAAGACAGCUUUUUUUUGUUUCACUUGUUUUUGCACUUCACCAUUCAAAUGUGUUUUGAUAAUGUUUCUUAUUCAUAGCAAAGGAAAUUAGAUCCAUGGAAAAGAAAACACUGAAAUGUGUUAUUUUUGAAUAAAAAUGAUUCAUGUGGAUUUGGGUGCUGCUCAGAAUCAUUGACAUUUUCAAACUUGUGUCAAAGUAGACACAAGCAAAACAAAAGAGGCUAAAGGCUUUUUUCUUUUAAUCUCAAAAUGAAUCAGUCAAGUGCAAAGCUCAGAAAAUGUUCAUAAAGUUUAUGAGCUACAACAAAGUAGUAGCUUCCACCUGGGUUGUAUCACUCUUUGGGAUACUUCAUGCUGUUUCCUACCUUAAGUGUGUCAUAAAUUUAAAGCAGCUAUCUAGUUGCCCAACAUUUGGAAGAAUUUAACAUCUCACUGUUGUAUGGACAGAGAGGACUGAAUUCAGCAACAAGACACUUGAAAACUUGAACCACGUUAUAUCUCUUACAGAAUCAUGUUGAGGAAACUGUAGAGGUACUGUGUGACACUAAGUAUCCAACUGAUUAGACUCACUUUAAUAUUACUACAAUAUAAACAGUGGUAUUUUAAAAAGCUUGAUAAUGAUUCUAAAGAAAUAUGGAAACUCUCCAUAUUACAUCUCCUUAAACUAUACUUUUCUGGGCAGUUGAAAGCAUUUAGAGCUGUUAACAGAAGACAAAUUUUCUGAAAGGAGGGCGAAGGAGUUCAAUAUUGACCCCAAAUGGUGAAGAUUGUUCACUGCAGGUUGGAGUUUGACAAAUUGAAUCCAGUGUCUGCACAACAAGUUUUUACUUAUGAUACGGCAUCAAGCAAGCCAACUGAAUUUCAUGAACUGAAAUAUUUUAAUAAAGAUAAUGUUUUUACUGAA